AUGAAUGGAAGUGUUGACAUUCCCUUCAAUAUUGUGAAAGAUUUAGAUAUAGAUCAGGAAUAUCAGCAAAGAUAUCGAUAUGACAUAGACGUUGAAUUCACGGCAGUGGUCAGGGAGGGAGUGACCGGAAAGGAGUAUACAAAAUGCAAUUCAUUGACACUCUAUCAUAAGGACUAUAAGGUGGGGCUCAUGAACAAAGGCCACUUUAAGCCGGGACUCAAAUACACGGCUCUAUUUAAAGUGGUUCAUCCGGACGACACUCCCGUUGAUGAUAACGGUCCUCCGGUGGCCCUCAAAUACGGCUAUUCCUAUCAUAACAAACAACUAGAAUUCACUGAAAGUCUGAUCUUACAGCCAAUCCAUGGACUCAUUAGGGCUGAGAUAUAUCCGCCUAAAGAUGCAAAAGCUUUACGAUUUUAUAGCACUUAUAUGCUAUACGUCUACUUACACGACUACAUCGAUAGCGCUGAGUCCCCGACCGGGAACUACAUUCAAGUGGAGAGAUGUGAUGUCAUGGAUGUAAGGGUUGGACAAGAGGUCAAAUUCUGUGUCACGGCUACAGAACCCCUCACACGUAUUGUGUAUGAAGUGAUAGGAGGAGGAGAUAUUGUGCUGACACACAGUCUCGACAUUCCGGGGAACAGUAAUUCAUAUGAGUUCUCUGUGAUGGCUGUCCACAGAAUGGCACCGAAAGCAAGGAUUUUAUGUUAUUAUGUGAGAGAAGACAACGAAGAAGUGGUGGCCGACGCCAUGGACUUCGAAGUGGACGGACUGUUUCGAACUGAGGUGUCGAUUGACACCGACCUUAAGGAGGCAGAGCCGGGAGCACAGGUAGCUGUGAGAGUAAAUACAAAGCCGGACGCGUGGGUGGGUAUAGUAGGUGUCGAUCAGAGCGUACUUUUGCUGAAAUCAGGUAAUGAUAUGACACACAAAGACGUGAUCCAAAAGUUACAGACAUACGAUACGACUGGUAUUAACACCUUUUGGGGGCACAACUCCUCCACCGCUGAACAAGUGUUUGACAACUCCGGGGUUGUGGUCGUGUCCAACGGUUUCAUUUAUGAAAAUGAAGUGUACAGCCUAGGCCCUGGUGAGAGAUCUCAAUCCGUGAGAAGUCAGUCAAUAGUUUGGCGAUCAUUGCACGACAGUGUGAAGGAAGUGUGCGAAAGAUCAGUAUCACAGUCAGCGCCGUUGGAUCGCCAGUCCCAAAGUAAACCCACCCAAACCAAUGUCGGCAUUAGUGUUAAAACUAGAAAACAUUUUCCCGAAACUUGGCUAUGGACCUCAAUGCAAACAGGGAGUAAUGGUUGCGCUGUUAUCAAGAGCACAAUCCCCGACACAAUCACCUCGUGGGUCAUCAGCGCAUUCGCUAUGCAUAUUGAGACUGGUCUGGGCAUUGCACCCACACCUUCGAAGGUCACAGUUUUCCGACCGUUUUUCAUCAAACUAUCGCUGCCUUACUCUAUAAUAAGAGGCGAAACGGUAGCCAUUGAGGCCAUUGUCUUCAAUUACACCACAAAACCGAUUCAAUCGGAAGUAGUAUUUGAUAACAAGAAGCAGGAGUUUGAGUUUAGCGACCGAUUGCACACAAAAGGCGUAAAUAUCUCUGAAAUGAGACAAUUGGUGUCAAUCCCUGCCAACGAUGGCGUUUCGGUCACAUUCACGAUAACACCGAAAACUAUGGGUUAUAUUGACAUCAAACUGACGGCUAACUCAGCCAUGGCUGGAGACUCUGUCCUCAGGAAACUACUGGUGAAACCCGAGGGUCAGACACAACACUUUAAUCAAUCAGUUCUCGUGGAUCUGUUGUCUUCUCUCACAUAA